GAGACUUUACCCUUUGAUAGCAUUGGAGGCCCGACGUAUUCUUCCGUCAUCGGAAAUCCGAGGGAGCAGCGAGCCAACAGCAUCAGCAUCGAUCGGAACUCCAGGCUUCAGCCAGCGAGCAACAUCGUAUGGACCGGAGCCUCCUUCCCCAACUUCCAGGACUUGUAAUUAAUUGCAAAAACAAUUAAUUGUAAUUAAUUUGCCUCAGCCUUUCAUCCAGCCUCAACAGUGGUUCAGUUGGCAACCAUGAGCGCAUGUAAAACCCUACUUCGUUCUCCAUUAUUCUGUAGACAAUGCCAACCUGGAACCUUCACCUCCCCAUUAAAGUUCCAUUCUUUCUCUCCUUACGUCUUCAGACUCCCUCCUCCCUGUCGAAGGUCCUUCAUCCUCUCCCCUGAUUCAGGUUAUAGGGUUGAAGCUAGUAGUGAAAUUGUAAGGCGUUAUAGUUGCAGUGAAGCUGCAGUGUCACUAGAAACCGAUGGUAGCACUGAAGAAAUUUCAGCCCAGAAGAAUAACCUUCAAGUUCCAGAAGACACUGUGGCCGGAUUGCUUACAAAACCAAAUGAAGUGUCCAGGCUUAUGAAAAUGGAGCGGAGGCUGGAAGGGGAGUGCAAUGUUCAGUUGGAGCGUUGGUUUCCGUAUUUGGAUAAAUUUAAAGCUGGAAGUGUGUAUUUGAGCAGUAAUGAGGUGUUGGAAGCUAUUGAUCCCUACCUAAUGGAGGGGAGGAAGGAAAGGUUUCGAAAAGCUGUGAAGAACAGGACGUACUCUGUUUGUUUGGUGGUGGAGGGUUUAAGUGAUUUUGGCAAUGUGUCUGCUGCAUUCCGUUCAGCAGAUGCUCUUGGCUUUCAGUCUGUCCAUGUCAUUUCCCGCGACAUCUCAAAAAGGUGCAAGGACACUUGAGGUGAAAAUGCCCUUUGAGCUCUUCCGACAUCAAUGGGUACAGGGACAAUCGCCAUGUCAGUAUGGGGGCAGAGAAAUGGUUGGAUAUUGAGCUCUGGAAUUCUCCCCUUGAGUGCUUCAAAGUUUUGAAGUCGCGUGGUUAUCGCAUUACCACAACACAUGUUGGAAUGGAUGUGGUCUCAAUAUAUGAUAUGGACUGGUCUUGCCCAACUGCAAUUGUUGUUGGCAAUGAGAGUAGGGGAAUAAGUGAUGAUGCUCUUGGAUUGUCAGAUAUGCACUGCAGUAUUCCAAUGAAAGGCAUGGUGGACUCCUUCAAUGUUUCAGUUGCUGCAGGAAUUCUCAUGCACCAUGCUGUUUGUGACCGGACUUCCCGCAUGGUAGGGGAUUUAUAAUUUAAUUAACUGCACUUCUUUGAUUUGCUUUUCUGCCCCUUCUGAAAUAUUUUCUUUCAAUUUUUUUCUUGCUUUCCCUUUUCUAAAGCAAGUCUUUUUAAUAGUACUAAUUAGUUAAUAUGAUGGACUGAAAGUGACUAUUUUUCCAUACAAGUGGCCAUUAUUUAUAAAGAUUUGUAAUUAGGUGCAUGAGUAGUUGAGUGUGGCGAUGUGUGGGAAUACAUGGUACAUGUAUUUAGGUGGGAGAAUUAAGAUACUUUAGUUUAUUUUCGUUGCUUCUAGAGCUGCCAUUGCAACUCUAGAAGUAAUAUUGUGCUCAUUUAUUCUUCUUAAAAUUGGUGUCUGUAAUCUGUAUCAAUGCCAUUAUAGUCUCUCUGAAAGACAUUCAGGCAAGAUGUGACUAAUGAAAUCCCAAUUUAUAGCUGUACAUUAUCUUUAGAACUUGUUGAUGGUGUGGUUACAUAUUUUCUGUCGGUCCAUAAUAAAGUUUUUUAUGUGACUCAGUUACAACUUAAGGAAUGUUUGGCAUAACUAUUUCAAAUGGUCUCUGCAUGGUUUCUCCUGAAGGUGAAGCUUGUUUUGUUUACAGAUUGAUACUCAAAACUCGAGAAUUACUUUUAACACAGAAGUAGUGACAUUUUAAUGUAGUUACUUGGGUUGCUUCUACUGACAGAGCUCACAUUAUCUUAUAUAUUGUUUUUCAUUUGGUGGGGGAAGGGAUGCCACGGGGAUCUAACGCCGGAAGAGAGGCAAACAUUGCUAGCAGAAUUCUCAUUGCGCCACAGCGAUAGUGCAAUAAGCAUUGCAAAUGAAUAUGCAAAAAGAAAGAUGAGUAGCUGACGCCAAGGCUUUGAAUGAUUUGAUGUGGGUACUAGGCCAUUUUUUCCUAGCCCUGCAAUGCAUAGCUAGUACUGACUAUCUUCAUGGCCUUACUUAAUAUUCGUUUUUCUUUUUUCCCCAUAUUUUAAGAUGCAGAAAUUUUGAAAAGAUGCAAUAAUACUCGUGUAUUGUCACUGCAAUGUGUGAUGCCUUUUUCAUAUAUUUAUGUGUUUGAGGCGCUGAUUGGUGAACUCUCCAAAUUUCC